UAAAUAGUGGAUGAAUUAUUGAAGAAAGUAUCAGUCUCAUCUCAACAAUUGCCUUGUUGAGAUUAGUCAAAAUGAAGAUGCUUGCAUUACUCUGUCUUUUGCCAUUGGCACUGGCUGUGCCUGACUUUAUGAGAGGUCCAGAUGGACCAAGAGUUGUAACACCACUUGGAGGUAUCAAGGGUUUUUACAAACACUCAUUCAAUGGAAGAAAAGUCAUGGCAUUUGAGGGUAUACCAUACGCACAACCACCAGUUGGUGAACUUCGUUUCAGAGCACCACAAAAAGUUAAAUCAUGGAUGCCAGGUGAUAUUGUUGCAAUCAAAACCGGUCCACCAUGUACUCAAUACAUCCAUACACCAAUUGAUGCUAAAGAAAGAAUUCAUGGUGCUGAAGAUUGUCUCUACUUGAAUGUCUACAAACCAGUUGUUGAAAGUUCAAAAGUACUUCCAGUUAUUGUUUGGAUUCAUGGUGGAGCAUUCCAAUGGCAUAUGGAAUCAAAAGAUGGUGAAUUUACAAAACCAGAUUACAUUAUGGACCGUGAUGUUAUAUUGGUUACAUUCAGUUACCGUGUUGGACCACUUGGUUUCUUGUCAACUGGUGAUGAUUUAAUAUCUGGUAACAUGGGUCUUAAAGAUCAAAGUUAUGCUAUUCGUUGGGUCAAAGAAAACAUUAAAGGUUUCGGUGGUGAUCCAGAAGAAAUUACACUCUUUGGUCUCAGUGCUGGUGGUGUUUCUGUACAUUAUCAAUAUCUUACUCCCCUCAGUAAAGGACUUUUCAAACGUGGUCUUUCAUUCAGUGGUAAUGCAUUGAACCCAUGGGCAAUUACCGAAGGUACAUUGGAAAAAGCUCAAAAACUUGCAAACAUCGUUGGAUGUCCAACAGCUGUUGUUGAAGAAAUGGUUAAAUGUUUAAAGACACGUCCAGCUCGUCAAAUUGCCCGUGCCGACAUGGACUUUAUGCCAUUCUUCUUCAAUCCAAUGACACCAUUUGGACCAGUUGUUGAAAAACCAACUGCUGAACAACCAUUCAUCACUAGAAUUCCACAUGAAAUUAUUGCCAGAGGUGAAGCAUACGAUGUACCAUGGAUAACUGGUGUUGUACCAGAAGAAGGUCUUUACCCAGGUGCUGAUUUCUGUGCUGAUCCAGUUGCACUUAAAGAAUUUGAUGCAAGAUACGACGAACUUGCACCAUUUGUAUUUGAUUACAAUUACACUAUUCCACUUUCAAAACAUCAUGAAGUUGGAAGAAGAAUUCGUCAUCAUUACAUUGGUGAUAAACCAUUAGACAAACAUACUGCAAUGGAAAUUGUUCACGCUGUUGGUGAUCGUUUGUAUGUUAUGGGUGGUUUGAACGCUGUUAAACUUAUGUCAAAAUAUAACAAGAGUCCAAUUAGAUACUACUACUUUACUUAUCAUGGUGCUGACAGUCUUGGAUAUCCAAUGACACGUACCAAUGAAGAUUGGGGUGUUGCUCACGGUGAUGAUCCAUACUACGUUGUUGGAUCACCCUGGAUGAACCCAACUACAACUCCAAUGGAUCGUGCUAUGCAACGUGAACUUUUGGAUAUGUGGACCGGUUAUGCCAUUAAUGGAGUACCAGAAGUACCAGUUGAAUGGACACCAAUUAGUCCAUCUCAAAGUGAAUUGGUCUACCUUCACAUCAAAGGACCAGGUCAAUACGCAAUGGACUCUGACAAAGACUUUGGACACAUCAGUCUUUGGAACAGCAUUGACUUUGCUGAAGGCAAAGUUGCUGGCAAACGUGUUGAAUUAUAAAUUAACUAGAUUUACUGGAUGAUUUUUUUUCAACGGUAAUUUUGUUGUCUUGGAUUAUUCGUUUUUGUAUUGUUUUUGUGAACAUUUGUUAUUCAUGAUCAUUGAUAAUUAUUAUUUUUUUUUAUUUACCACUCAUCAUGUUUUAAUAAAUUAAGCAAUAAAUUUUUAAGAGAAAUAAAUAAGAUUAUAUUAUAAAAAUAA